CCGGGCUCGAGCCGCAGUCAUGGGAAACACCACUAGCGACCGGGUGUCCGGGGAGCGCCAGGGCGCCAAGGCAGCGCGCGCCGAGGGUGCCGGCAGCCAUGGCUCGGGCAAGGAGCACAAAAUCAUGGUGGGGAGCAUCGACGACCCUAGCGUCUUCAGCCUGCAGGACUCCAAGCUCCCUGGAGACAAAGAGUUUAUAUCAUGGCAGCAAGAUUUGGAAGACGCUGUAAAGCCCACACAGCAAGCCCGCCCCACUGUUAUCCGCUGGUCUGAAGGAGGCAAGGAGGUCUUCAUCUCUGGGUCCUUCAACAAUUGGAGUACCAAGAUUCCACUGAUUAAGAGCCAUAAUGACUUUGUUGCCAUCCUGGACCUUCCUGAGGGAGAACACCAGUAUAAGUUCUUCGUGGAUGGGCAGUGGAUUCAUGAUCCAUCAGAGCCUGUGGUUACCAGUCAGCUUGGCACAAUUAAUAAUUUGAUCCAUGUCAAGAAAUCGGAUUUUGAGGUAUUUGAUGCUUUAAAGUUAGAUUCUAUGGAAAGCUCAGAGACAUCUUGCCGAGAUCUUUCCAGCUCACCCCCAGGACCUUACGGUCAAGAAAUGUAUGUGUUUCGAUCUGAGGAGCGAUUCAAAUCCCCACCCAUCCUUCCUCCUCACCUUCUCCAAGUUAUUCUUAACAAGGACACUAACAUUUCUUGUGACCCAGCUUUGCUCCCUGAGCCCAACCAUGUUAUGCUGAACCAUCUCUAUGCGCUGUCCAUUAAAGACAGUGUGAUGGUCCUUAGCGCAACUCAUCGCUACAAGAAAAAGUAUGUCACUACUCUGCUGUACAAGCCCAUCUGAAGGAACUCCUUCCUGUCUCCCAGGAUUCCAGAGGAGCCUCUCCCUUACUUUUCUGGAUUGAGCCAGUCUUAACCUGAGACUGGAAGGCCGAUUUGCUUUGAGGCUGAUAUGUGUGUUUCAGAGCCUCUGAGUAGGAUGCUCUGCUUUUGCAUUUGAUUGCAGAUGAGAGCUUUAUGAGUUGGUGGAAUUUAUUUUAAGAAAAAAUAAUGAUAAUAAGGUUAUUGAAAGUAUCCUAGCUCCAGCUAGGUCUAUUCUCUCUGCCUAUGGGCACUCACCAAGAUCUGUAUGGGGGCACUACAGGAAAGACCUUAUAGCAAGGUUUUUUUCCCUAAAAUGAAUGAAUAGCAAACUCUCAAGAUCCUUGUUGGGUGGAUAUUGUGGCCCUGCUCCCUUGGGUCUCCAAGGGAUGGAUCAUGCCAGGUUGCUGCCCUCCUCACAGCUGCCUCAUUACA